AUCUGAACACAAAUCUGAAUACAUUUAAGAAUCAAUUUAACCAUUUCAUGCUCUUUAAUGAAGUCGGGUGGAGCGUUACUAGAGAUAGUGUGACAUUCUGCAGUCACAGUGGUCAAUGAUUAACAUUUGACGGUAUACUAUACAAAAAUGCAACAUAAUAUAUGCCCCAUUUGAUAGAUGUAUCCAGUUUAAGAGCGCUUGUAGCAUGGUGUUACUUUACUAUCACAAUGAUAUAUCACAUUUGAGGGUUAUUCAAUGUUGUUGUCAUAUAUUAGUGUGCAGAUAAGUAACGAGCCAGCGCCGAUGUUGUCUCAUUGGUCAAAUGUUGGGGGGUGUGCGCCUUAGAGGCGAUCCUACUAGUCAGGUGCAGCUCAGUAGCUGUUCAGUCCAGCGAUCUUUGCGUUCAUAUUUACUAAUCCGACCGUCCAGUCUAGCGCCAUGUCCUCCCUCACUGUCCCUCCACCAAAAUGCUUGGAGAACCCGUUUGUCGCUCCCCACCGCUUCAUGUUUGGGCCUGGACCUUCCAACGUGCCCCCUCGGAUAUUAGCGGCCGGGGCGAAUCCAAUUGUGGGUCACAUGCAUCCAGAAAUGUUAAAAGUGAUGAGUGACAUUAAGAGUGGGGUCCAGUAUGCCUUCCAGACCCAGAACAACGUGACUCUAGCCGUGAGCGGCACUGGCCACGCGGCCAUGGAAUGCGCCAUCUUCAAUGCCGUGGAGGCAGAAGACAGUGUUGUCGUCGGCGUGAACGGGAUAUGGGGAGAAAGAGUGGCCGAGAUAGCAGAGAGAAUAGGUGCCAGGGUAAAUAAGAUUGUGACACCAGCGGGUGGAUACUUCACAAAUGAAGAAAUAGAAAAGGCUCUGUCCAGACACAGGCCGGUUCUCUUGUUCCUGACUCACGGAGAGUCCUCCACAGGGGUUGUUCACCCGCUAGACGGCAUCGGGGAACUGUGUCACAGGUAUGACUGUCUCUUCCUUGUCGACUGUGUUGCUUCCAUGGGAGGAACACCGAUUCACAUGGACAAACAAGACAUAGACAUCCUGUACUCUGGUUCUCAGAAGGUCCUGAAUGCUCCUCCAGGCUCAGCCCCCAUCUCCUUCAGUGAAAGAGCGUGUCAGAAAAUCUUCAACCGGAAAACCAAACCUGUGUCGUUCUACCUGGAUCUGAGCUGGCUGUCAAACUACUGGGGCUGUGAUGGCAAAGACACGAGAACAUAUCACCACACAUGUCCUGUUUCUGCGUUCUACUCGCUGAGAGAAGGUCUGGCUAUCCUUGCUGAAGAGGGCCUGGAGAGCUGUUGGCAGAGGCAUCAGGAGGUGGCUGAGUAUUUCCACCAGGGCCUGGAGAACAUGGGCCUCAAACUGUUCAUCAAAGAAAAGAGAGCUAGGUUGCCCACGGUGACCACCAUCGUGGCCCCUCCGGGUUACGACUGGAAGGAGAUCACCAGCUACAUCAUGAGGACCCACCAGCUGGAGAUCUCUGGCGGCUUGGGGCCCUCGGUUGGCAUGGUUUUGCGUGUGGGGCUCAUGGGCUGUAACAGCAGCAAGGCCAAUGUUGACUUGAUACUGGGGGCUUUGAAGGAUGCGCUGAAACACUGCCAUAAGAGCAAGGUCUAACCAAGCAGCUGGGCCAUGAACUCUUACACUGGCAGGAUAGAUAUGUCUAUGUCAAUGUCUGAUGAGAAACUGCUUGAUGAGUCCAAUAAAACAUAUUUUGCAAGACUGUUUUCAAGUGCUUUUGAAAUAUAGGAAUGUGUAAUUCUGUCUCCCUCUCGAGUACUUUUAAAGUGCAUACCGGUAUAUGACAUUUUU